AUCGAAGUCUUUUCAUUUUUCAAAGUACCCAUAAUCGAAAUUUCAAAGAAAAAAAAAAAAAAGAAUCCCAGAAAAGAAAGCGAAGUGCUGAAACUGCAGAUCAAGAGCAAGAACAAUUGAUUCAUCGAAAACCCAUUGUACUGUUGAUUUGGAUUCUAUCAGCAAAUUGCUCAGAUGGCAUCACGUACUGUUGGUUUGAUUCAAGAUCAGAAUUUAACUAUUCACUACAAUGGUGCUUCUAUUGCAGGCAAGGCAAAUAUCUCUAAAGCACCGAGGAAAGGUGGUAUUAGUGGAAGGAAACCUCUUGGUGAUUUAUCAAAUUCAGUGAUUCCAACCCCAAAUCAGACAUCAAAAAAGGAUAAUGCUAAAUUUUCAUUCACUGAGAAAGAGACCGGUGCCUCUAAACUCACACAUGAUUCAAGCAAGAAGAAGAGUGUUUCUAAAGGCUCAGAGAAAGUGCAAGGUGGUGGCAGGAAAGCUCUCUCUGACAUUUCAAAUUCGGGUAAGCCAUGCUUGCAGGAGACAUCAAAGAAGAAUCAAACUGAAAAGUUAAGCAUUUUGGCUGAGGAUCCCAAUCAACCUAAAGAUAUUGCACAGGAAGGAUAUCUGCACAAUCAUGAAGAAUGCAUCAAAGCGCAGAAAAGAGCUAUAAGCACGAAUGAAUUCUUGCGGAUACUUGGAUUAGAUGAUUUCUCCAAACAGUCUGCAUCUGCAAAGGAACCUCCUAUGUCAAACAAAAUGAUGCCGAUGAGUCCUCCAAGGAACUUUGAAGCUGGGCAGAUGACUGAGCUGCUGAUUGAAGAUCUGUCUCCCCCAAAGCAUAAGUUGUCAAGGAAACUCGACUCUGCCCCACCAAGUCCUGAGCCACUGGACCAUUACAUGCACUGGAAUGAUCCUGAGUACAUUCUCAGUUUUAAGUUGAUAGAAUCACCAUAAUGGUGAAAGCAUUGAUUUCCUUUGCCUCCUUGUCAAUUCUACCUAGUAGCGUGUUAGAAGUAACCCAUGUAUUACAAAUUGUUUUAUUGUGGCUUGUACUGGACAGCAGUUGUUUUGCUAGUAGGUAAACAUGUGGCAACUUAUGUUGUAUUCGGCUGUUAUUUCUGCAAAAUCUUGUUGAAUUGCCUGCUAUCCAGUUUACUUC